UCAUUUUUUGUUUGAUUAUUUUAAAUAGACAAAAGACCUCAUAUUACUUUACUUGUCACAUUUCAACAUCUUUCCUUAGCUUAUUAGCUCUAUCUCUUUUCUGUCUGUAAAUGGUUGUUGUUGUUUUGUUCUUUGAGACACGGUUUUGCUCUGUCACCAGGCUGGACUGUAGUGGCAUAAUCAUGCCUCACUGCAGCCUUGACCUCCCAGGCUCAAACUUCAGCAUUCCGAGUAGCUGGGACUACAAGUGUGCACCACCACCCCCAGCUAACUUUUUUCUUUUUUUUGGAUAGAGACAGGGUCUCACUGUGUUGUCCAGACCGGUCUCUAGCUCCUGGCCUUAAGCAAUCCUCCUUCAUUAGCUUCUCAAAUUGCUGGAAUUUCAGGCAUGAGCCACCAUGCCUGGCCUGGGCUAGUCCUGUAUUCUCUAGAGUUCUCUUUACUUUGUGCUAGCCAAUCUCUCAUUAUGCUGUUCACCUGUUAUAAUGAAUAAUUCUCCGUAUUAAAUUUUACCACUUUAAACUUUUGAGUGGUUUAUGCUUCCUGAUUGGACUCUGACUAAUAUGUUAGGAAGGGUCCCAGGAGGUAAACCCACACAGAUGGGAUUUGGGCAUAGGUUUGGUUUCCCAGGGGGCAGUGCUGAGCUCUUUGCCAGUGGGAAAUGGGAUGCUGGUGAUUUCCAGGAAGUGACCUCACAAUGACUCAAGCUACCACUUACUGUUGAUUGUGACGAAAUGCCAGCUGAGGCACAUGCCUUGGGAGCUAAGUGGUUGCUGCCCUUGACCACUAUGAAGACUGGUUUGGGAAGGGUCGCUUUGGAUGCACUUGAGCAGGGGUCCCCAACCCCUGAGCCAUGGAGCCGUAGGGAGCCACACAGCAGGAGGUGGGACCAUCCAGUUUCAGGAAAACAAGCUUAACACGCCCACUGAUUCUACAUUAUGCUCCUACAUCCCGGCAGCCUCUCCAGGCCCAGAAGUUUCUCCACUCAGCCUCCACAGACCAAGCUCAUGACUCACAAUGGCCUAUUUAGGCCCAUACCCUACCUCACGGCAGUCUCCGCAGAUGAGCCUACUGCCCCACAACAGCCUCCACAGGCACAGCUCCAUCGUUACAAUGGCCUCUUUAGACCCAGCUCCUGCCUCCCAGCCUUCUCUCCAGGCCCUGAGCUUUCUCAAGUCGACCUCACCAGGCCCAGCUCAUGCUUCUUUGCAGCCUCUCCAGGCCCAGCCUCUGCCUCCCGUCGGCCUCUACAGUCCCAACAUCUGCCUCACUGUGGACCCCCCAAGCCAAGCUCCCAACCUUUCAGCAGCUUCUACACACCCAGCUCCCGCCUGCCAGUGGCCUCUUCAGGCCCAUGGGGCUCAUUCCUCACAACAGCCUUUCCAGGCCCAGUUUUUCCCUUCCGGCGGCCUCUCCGGGCCAAGAACCUUCUCAAGUCGGCCUCUCCAGACCCACUUGCACCCUCCCGGCAUCCUCUCCGGGCCAAGCUCCUCUUCCUGGCUGCGUCUCCAGGCCCAACUCCUGCCUCUCAACAACCUCUUUGGACUCAGUGCCUACCCAUCUCCUGGCGUCCUUGGUCGGCCCACAGCUUCCUCAAGCCAAGCUCCCCAGGCCCAGGUCAGGCCUCACGGUGGCCUCUCCAGGAUGAGCUCCUGCCCUCCGAUGGCACCUGCAGGCCCCAAAUGGUCUCCGGUCGGUGGGCUCCUCCACGCCAAGCUUGGGCCUCCCGGCGACCUCUGCAGGCCCAAGUUGUCCUGAAGUCGGCAUCUCCCGGCCCUGCCUCCCAGCAAGUAAGCAAGCUCUUUUGGCUCAACUCCUGCCCAGCUCCCAACCGCCUUUGUAGGCCCCGAACUUUCUCCAGCCAAGUUCUUUGGGCCUAAUUCCUGCCGCCCGGUGGCCUGUACGGGCCCAGCAAUGGUUGGAGAACGGCCUCUGCAGGUCUCGCUCUUGCCUCCCAGGGGCCUCUCCAGGCCCAACUCUUGCCCCCACGGCGGCCUCCCAGG